UUAUAAAAAUGGUGUUUGAAUCUAUUCCCCGUACAGUUCGGAUAAUUUUAUUAGGAGAACCUGGUGUUGGUAAAACUUCUUUAAUACUUUCACUAGUAACCGAAGAGUUUGCUGAAAAUGUGCCUCCAAAAGCAGAAGAAAUCACAAUCCCUGCAGAUGUCACACCGGAGCAAGUACCGACCAAUAUAAUCGAUGUCUGCCUAGCGGAACAAACAUUGGAACAAGUUGCUGAAGAAGUUGAAAAAGCUCAUGUAAUAUGUUUAGUUUUCUCUGUAGACAGACAGGAAACUUUGAACAAAAUUGCUUCAUACUGGCUUCCAUUUGUCAGGGACAAUUGUCCAGAAGAUUAUAGAAAGCCUGUAAUACUUGUUGGCAAUAAAAUAGAUUUAAUUGACUACUCCAUUAUUGAUAAUAUUUGGGAUAUUGCUGAGGAGUAUCCAGAGGUAGACACAUGUAUAGCAUGUUCUGCAAAAACACUUACAAAAGUGUCAGAAAUGUUUUACAAUGCACAAAAAGCUGUAUUACACCCUAUACACCCCAUUUACUCUAUUGAGGAACAAGAGCUUACUGAAAGAUGUAAAAAAGCUCUCACAAGAAUAUUUAAAAUUUGUGACAUUGAUGGUGAUGGCUUACUAGAUGAUUAUGAAAUUACUGUGUUCCAAAAGAAAUGUUUUGAUACUCCAUUACAAUUGCAGGUUUUAGAUGAAGUAAAAUCUGUGAUUGCACAAAACAUUGCUGGAGGCAUAGAGAAUGAAUGUAUAACAAUGAAGGGCUUCAUUUUCUUGCAUUGUCUUUUUAUACAAAGAGGACGGAAUGAAACAACAUGGACAGUACUGCGCAAGUUUGGAUAUGAUGAGAGUCUGGAGUUGUCACACAGUUAUUUAUAUGCUAAUAUUAAAGUACCUAUUGGGUGUACUUCAGAACUCUCUUACAAAGGGCAACAAUUUUUGACACAAAUAUUUGAAAAAUAUGACAAAGAUAGAGAUGGAAUGUUGAAUCCAACUGAAUUGAAAAAUGUAUUCUCCUAUUGCCCUCGUAUUCCUUGGCACAAUUUACGUUAUACUGUCCCAACUAAUGAUAAGGGCUAUGUAACUCUGCAAGGGUGGAUGUGCCGCUGGACCCUCAUGACAUUACUAGACUUGCAGAGCACAAGCGCUUAUUUAGCAUAUUUAGGGUACAACUUUAUUGAAAAUGACACACAAAAAUCAGCAAUACACAUAACCAGGGACAAAAAGGUAGACAUAGCUAAGAAGCAGUCGAGCAGGAAUGUGUACCAGUGUCACAUUAUUGGGCCGAGGUCGUGCGGCAAGACCUCCAUAUGCCGCAGUUUUUUAGGCAUCGCUCACAAGAAAAUAAAGCCGCACUCGCAGGAGCGCGGCGACGGCGGCAGCCCCGAGAGCGGCAGCUGCAUCAACACGGUGCUGGUGUACGGGCAGGAGAAGUACCUGGUGCUGCGGGAGGUCCCCAUCGCGCGCGUGUCCGACCCGCUGCAGCCGCACGAGGUCAACUGCGACGUGGCGUGCCUCGUGUACGACGUCACCGCCAGCCGCUCCUUCGAGUACAUCGCCAGGAUAUACAUCAAAUAUUUCGCCGAAAGUCACAUUCCCGUAUUAAUCGUGGGCACAAAGGGUGACCACAUGAUCACCAGACAAGAGUACAUAUUGCAGCCCGAAGUGUUCUGCAAUAAGUAUCAGCUGUUGGCGCCGCAGAGUUUCAAUAUCAAAGAGAACAAACACGACGUGUUCGUCAAGCUCGCGACUAUGGCUGCAUUUCCUCAAUUUCAAGCAGCAUGGAUUUUGUUCAGCAAACACAGACAUCUGAAGCACUUCGCGAGCUUCGCCGGCGACAACUCCUCGUGGUGGAAGGCCGGCAUCGGUGUCGCGGCCGCCACCAUUGCAGGCCUCAUGCUCAUCAAGCUGUUGAACUUCAAAUCACGAUAGACCGCACGCAUUCAUUAUCUACAUUCUACAUAAUAUGGACAAUAAGUGCCGCGUAGCUGGAGCCAUCUGUGUCGCAAAGUAAAGGAACGUCUGUACUUAAUGCUAUCGAUAUUUUGGUGUGUUUUAAAAGUAUUUUCCACAAAGCCCUAAAGGGCUAGAUACUCUAAAUAAAGCUUGGAAAAAUUGAGAUCAGUUUGUGUGGAAACGCGUAGAAAUUUGUGUGGAGCAUGUCUUACAUGCAUCGAUCUCCUAUUUAAAAGUGGAUGCACAGUCAUCGACCAAAAAACGUAAUGAGUUCUUGGCACUCAAUUCAAGUAGUCGCAUUUGCAAAUUCAACCUUAAACUCGAUCCUUAAGGUUGAAUUUGCUCUGAAUUUGGGAUUUUAUUGAAUAUUGGAUGGGACUAUAUUUAUAGGCCUUUAGGUAUAAAACUGUCAAAGCAAAAUUGGCCAAAUUUUAUACAUGAUUGUGCGUCCUAAUUAUAAGAGGUCAAUGCAUGUUAUAAAAUAUUGUAUCUGUCUGUGUUAAUAGUUGGGGAAAUUGAGUGGAGCAUGAUUAGAGUACUAGAUUGCGUUCGCGAUUUCAUUUUCCAAGGAGUCAGGGUAAAUGUGACAUUUAUGCCCGAAUUUCUCUAGUGCUGUAGUAACACGUGGAUGUUUGAUUUGGAAUUUGUAACAAGCGGGGUGUUGUUCUAAAUUUAUAUCUGUUAACAAGAGUACAUACUUAAUAUAUAAAAUACCAUAAUACUAUACAAAAGUAUUACAUAUUGUAUCUGCAUUUUAUUAUUUAUUUAGGUAAUAAAGAUAGUUUCUCAAUAACAUCUAUUAUGGGAUGUUAUCCUGAAGAAAACUUCAGUUACAAUUUUUUUUUUACAUCGUCUGAUGUGUGACCAGUGGAUUAGGCCAAUUUCUUAAUAACUUAGAUAACCGAGGAUCAUCUAUGGCAGGGUUUCUCAAACUUUCAGCUCCACGAACCGCUGUUAAAAUUUCCAAGUGACAGCGGGGGGAAACCCCCCCCCCCCCCCCACACACAAAAAUUUAGUAUUGAAAAAAAUAAGGUUUUUAUUUGAAUAACUCACUAAGUAAAAAAAUAAAUGUCUUUGUAAUAUUAAUGUGUUGGGUGUGCUUAUUUCUUGUCGCAAAUGGAUUCAAAUGGACAACCUUUAUUCUGACUCAGUAUCAGUAUGUAAAUCUUGUCGCGAACCCUUGCCGUCGAAUGGCGAACCCCUAGGAGUUCGCGUACCCCACUUUGAGAAACCCUGAUCUAUGGCAUAUUUGUAUCUAAUAAACAAUCACAGACGGCUUUAACCCUCAGACCGCAAAUAUAGAACAGCGGCGCGUCCAGUGGACGUUGUAUUGAAAGUGCGCGCGACGAUAGAGGUCUCUCAUGGCGUAUAAUUAGCAGCGUUUUCAGCGUGUAAUUGUGGUGUUCAUGGCGGCCUCCGAUUGGUCAACACACUUAGUCGUCCCGCUUGCACGCGCAUUCCAUCGAAAACUAGUUCAUGUUCAUGAAAUUUUAUUGUUAGCACAGAUUAGUUAAUUAUAAGUACCUAAAUUUUAACUAAUCUGCUGUAUACAUGUUCGUAGAGAUGAUUUUUGAGAUAUUAGUCUUUAAGCUGAACAUCACCGACGUUGAAAUCAAUAGUUUCUUCGUUUUAGGUUUUCAGUACAAAAACACACAUUUUUACGUAUUUUAGCUCGUUUCUGAUAUAUCAGUAUUAGACAGAUAAAAAUAUUGUCUUUUUCUUUCUAUUUAUUUGAACAUGCUUCCCAAACCAAAGAGUUUCUAAAAGUUGUGGUUAUUUAAGAAUAUAAUAAAUAAAAUAUAAUUAUAGAGUAUUAUUUCAGUUGUAAAUAAAAUUUUAGAUCUAACAAAA